AUCUUAUUUUCCUAUCCAAUCCCAAAAUAUUCGGUUAAAAGGUUGGAUUCUGUGGCGGCGAUGAUUUUCAACGAAAGUAACACGACCUAUUACAACAUACCAUCCACUGUUUCCCCAGGUGAAUCAGGAACUGCGGCUGAAAACCAGUUUUUUAAAUGGUCACGCAUUGCAGCCUACAGCGUUAUUUGUGUUACUGGAGUUCUAGGUAAUCUAUUGGUUAUUCUCGCUAGUCGUAAACCAGGCAUGACCACAGUGAGCAACGUUCUCAUUGCAAAUCUUGGAUUGGCAGACCUCACAGUCUCUCUCAUCAACAUGCCCACUGUAGUUACAUACAGUCAUCUGGUGUACUGGCCAUUCGGUGCUGCCCUCUGCAAGCUUGUUCCGUUCCUGCAAGGCUUAACUUUAUCUGCCUCAGUGGGUACGUUGGUUGCCAUCGCCGCUGAGCGAUACUGGCAUAUAGUUUUAUACACAAGAAGAAAGCUCACCGUCCGUGAGGCUCACAAAGCCAUAGUGCUCAUUUGGGUGUCCGCCAUUUUUAUUCCUGUCCCGCUGUUGGUGUUUAGCAAGACCAUAAGGUGGAAUGAAGGAGGCAGAGAGAUCUGCAUCGAAGAAUGGCCAAAUCUGAAAACCAGGCAAGCUUACACAACUCUGGUGUUCUUGCUGCUGUAUUUUCUUCCCUUAUUGUUCAUCUGUGGGCUUUACGUUCGGAUCGGUCGCUUCUUGAAAACCCUGCCGACAACCCAAAGUGGUGUGUAGCCUUUCAUUUUAAUCCGCUCUAAUGAUUGAUCUAACCUGAAAGGCAUACUUUUCUAGGUUCUAUAGACUUUCUGUUUUCUUCCACUAUAAAGUUAUAACAUCUCAGAACUUUUUUGUCUUUUUUAUGUAAACUCGCUUAAACAUGAUGUGAAUACUAAGCAUCUUUAAUCACACCUUGGUGCAUUAAUCGGGUACUGCAUUAGGAGCAUUGAAACAUAAUUAGUCGGAGAAUUAGUUAAGACUUGGCCUCGAUCCAAGUUCGCACAAAUCUUUUGUUUUUCUUUGUACGUAAAGACAAAACCUACUAAAGUCUGUCUGAUUAGCAUACAAGCACGUAAACUCUUGUUUUUUCUUUCUUUUGGUAACUUAUCUUGUAAUCAUAUCCUUUCAGUUAACAACCGAAAUCAGAGGAAGGUGAUCAAGAUGUUGGUUACUGUGGUGCUUUUGUUUGGUCUCUGUUGGUUACCAUACCACAUCGUCUAUAUGUAUGCCGAAUUCAGUCUGUCCCAGCUCACGCCACCUUUCAUCUCGUUCAUCCUAUUUGCUCAGUGGCUGAUGUUCACCAACAGCGCUUGUAAUCCAAUUGUCUACGCAGCCCUGAAUAAUAACUUUAGGGGCGCUUUCUUGUCGAUAUUGUUUUUUUCAAGUCGCAAACAACCGCGAAGGCGCAGGCGAACUGCCUCAACUUCUGUUCAGGUUGUACAGAGUUCCCAGUGA